GUGGCCAUCGUAGAAACUCCAGACACUGACUCGUUGUUUUUUUUUAUCGUUGUCAUUUACCCACACCCUAGUCCAUGAUGCAGCUGCCUUAUUUUCCAACGUAUCAUAACUGUAAACAUUUCACAACUUUAAUUAUUGCAAAAAUAUCAACGUGAUGUUAUCUUCACAAAUCUGUUUAAUCGUCUGAAGUGUUGUGGGCAUCUGCCCAUUCAUACCAAACCCGAUAAAACUAUAAACAAAAAGUUUACGAGAAGACAAAGAUUUGUACCUACGUGACAUGACAUCCGGAAUAAGUCGAACGCUCCUACCAAACCGAUCAAAAACCCAAAAAGCUAAGGAGGGUUUUAAGGGGGCUGCUUUCACUACAAAAAAAGUCUUCAUUGAUAGCACAUGACUAUAGCACGUUUUACUGAACUGCUAUCAUAGAUGAGUCUAAAAUUUGCUUAUUAUAUAAUAGGGUUAAUUAAACGCUAUGGUAGAGUUUCACUAAGCGGGAACCUAAAAUUAGCUUUACCGCGGCACACUUAGUGAAAAAAAGACUAAUCUGAUUAUUUUUCCUCUCUCCACUCGCGAAAUACCUUUCUCUUUUUCUCAGUUUCCCCUCUUUCUCUACUAACCCUAAAAAAAUUAGACCACAAUCUCCAUCACUAAAACCCUAAUCCGCUAAUCCAGAACCGUAAUUGAGCUCCCCACAUCCAUUAUUGUCGAUUGCGAAGGUAUCGAAGAUUGAGAUUGCGACAUCUCUGUUGAUUUGUUAUCUCAAAUGGAAGAGAUGUUUUCUGCUUGCUUCGAUUUCGUCUUUUCUUUCUUUCCUGUUUGAUUUGCGUUCCUGCUCUACGUUCUUUGCUUAGAUUUCCUUUAUUAUAUUCUUGACAACAUUUAACUUGAUUCAUGAUUUUAUCGAUUUCGAUUUACAUUAUUUGUUACUUUGAAUGGUUCUCUAUGUUACUAAAGGUUUGAAUGUAGGUUUUAGAACAUAGAUGAUGGAUAAAGACUGGGUUCAUCUGAGCAGGUAAUGAAUUUUAUCAUAUAUGUUAUGUUUCAGUAUGUGUUUAGUCACUGAGCUUGUGAAUUUUUGUUCAUGUCACCGAAGAGUCGAUCCUGCUUAUGAGAGAGGAGCUACUAAGUUUGUACGGGAAGUGGCUGCAGCUUCAGGAGGAAGUGGCUGCAUUGACUGUCGUAACAUAGAUCGUCAUUGCGGAAGUGUGGUAGUUGCUCAUCUUGUUACUAGAGGAAUGGAGGAGGCUUAUAAGAAGCGCACUGAUUGGUAUCUGCAUGGAGAGUUGAGCUCAGUGGUUGCAUAUGAAAGAAGGGCAAGUCAAUGGAAUGAUGAGAUCAUUGGUUUAUACAGAGCCGCUGAGUGUUCUGAUGAAGCUUUAGCUGGUACGGGGGAUGUCUUUGAGAUAGCAGAGGGAGAGGACAAGAAAGAAGAUGAAUUUUUGGCGAAGCUAGCUGAAGCUGAAACACCUUUGUAUCCUACAUGUGCGAACCACAGCAAGUUAUCUGCAAUAGUGUCAUUAUUUAGAUUGAAGACUCAGAAUGGAUGGUCUGACAAGAGCUUCAAUGAACUGCUAGAGACGUUGCCGGAAAUGUUACCAGAGGAGAAUGUGCUGCACAUUUCACUGUACGAGGUUAAGAAAUUUUUGAAAUCAUUUGAUAUGGGUUACGAGAAGAUCCAUGCUUGUGUGAAUGACUGCUGCCUAUUCAGAAAGAAGUUGAAGAAGCUUGAGUACUGUCCAAAAUGCAAGGCAUCGAGAUGGAAGAGUAAUAUCCAUACUGGUGAGAAGAAGAAAGGAGUCCCACAGAAAGUAUUACGCUACUUUCCAAUAAUUCCACGGUUGAAGAGAAUGUUCCGGUCUGAAGAAAUGGCUAAGGAUCUAAGGUGGCACUUCAGCAACAAAAGCACUGAUGGGAAACUUCGACACCCUGUUGAUUCAGUCACAUGGGAUCAGAUGAAUGCGAAAUACCCUGUCUUUGCCGCUGAAGAAAGGAACAUGAGGCUUGGACUUUCAACAGACGGAUUUAAUCCAUUCAACAUGAAGAAUUCUAUGUACAGCUGUUGGCCGGUAUUGUUAGUCAACUACAACUUGCCACCUGAUUUAUGUAUGAAGAAGGAGAACAUAAUGCUUUCACUGUUGAUUCCUGGUCCACAACAGCCCGGUAACAGUAUAGAUGUCUACUUAGAGCCUCUCAUUGAAGAUCUAAACCAUUUGUGGAGCAGUGGAGAGUUAGUGUACGACGCGUUUACUCGAUCAACUUUCACACUGAAGGCAAUGUUGCUUUGGACGAUCAGUGACUUCCCAGCUUAUGGGAAUCUUGCAGGCUGCAAAGUGAAGGGAAAAAUGGGGUGUCCUUUAUGUGGGAAAAACACAGACAGUAUGUGGCUCAAGUACAGCAGAAAACAUGUGUAUAUGUGCCACAGAAAAGGUCUGCCACCAGCUCAUACUUUUCGGGGAAAGAAGAAGUGGUUUGAUGGAAAAGCUGAGCAAAGGAGAAGGGGGAGAAUUUUAACCGGCCUUGAAAUUUCACAAAAUCUCAGAAAUUUCAAGAAUGACUUUGGCAAUGUUAAACAUUCUGGGAGUAAGAGAAAAAAGAUGGUCUGUACGGAUUUAGAUGAAGAGGAAGAGGAAGAGGAAGAUGAGGAGGAAGAGGAAGAAGUGGAAAUAGAUGAGGAUGAGUUAUCUAGAUGGAAGAAAAGAUCUAUCUUUUUCAAGCUACCUUAUUGGGCGGAACUCCCGGUGAGGCACAACUUAGAUGUUAUGCAUGUAGAGAGAAAUGUGGCUGCUAGUCUAGUUUCGACAUUGUUGCACUGUGGGAAAUCCAAGGACGGUCUUCCGGCUCGUAAAGAUCUUGAGGAUCUUGGUAUAAGGCAGGAUUUGCACCCUCGCAUACAUGGAAAACGAACAUAUCUUCCUCCAGCCCCGUGGUCUUUGUCUAAGACAGAGAAGAAGAUAUUUUGCAGGAGGCUUUUUGACUUCAAAGGGCCAGAUGGAUAUUGUUCCAACAUAUCUAGAGGUGUUUCGUUAGAUGACUGUAAAGUCACAGGGCUGAAAUCACAUGACUAUCAUGUGUUAAUGCAGCAACUUCUUCCCAUUGCAUUGAAAGGGCUGUUACCUAAAGGACCGAGACUUGCCAUUUCAAGGUUAUGCGCAUUCUUCAAUCUGUUGUGCCAGAGAGUUAUUGAUAGAGAGCAGCUUCUGGUUAUGGAAGCGGAGAUUGUAGAGACGCUUUGCUUGUUUGAAAGAUAUUUUCCUCCAAGUUUCUUCGAUAUCAUGGUCCAUCUGACUGUGCAUCUAGGAAGGGAGGCCCGGCUUGGUGGACCUGUCCAUUUUAGAUGGAUGUACCCAUUUGAAAGGUACAUGAAAGUCCUCAAAGACUUUGUUAGAAAUCCUGCUAGACCAGAAGGGUGCAUUGCUGAGUCUUAUCUUGCCGAGGAAUGUAUGAAGUUUUGCAGUGAUUUUCUCAGGAAGUCAACAAAUGUACAAGAUAAAGUAGAGAGAAACAUGGACUAUGAGAACAGCUCUAUCUUAGAGGGUCGUCCAAUAUCAGCUGGCACAUCAGUUACACUCACUGAAAUGGAGAAGAAAAUAGCACACCUUGCUAUCAUCCAAAACCUUGCUCUCGUCGAACCUUUUGUAGAUGAGCAUCUCCAGUAUUUACAAGACUCAGAUGACAGAUGUAGGAGAGAUGCAUCCAUCUUAUGGAGUAUGCAUACUAAGAAUUUUGCUUCAUGGCUAAAAGAACAGGUGCCUCUUGAUUCUAAAGAACAUGACGAAACACUCAAGUGGCUAGCCUAUGGUCCACGUUCUUCAGCUAAGUCAUAUACGGGCUAUAUAGUUAACGGUCAGAGGUUUCACACCGCAUCAGUUGAUAGAAAAAGUCAGAAUUCUGGGGUUUACUAUGAGGCUACAGCAGUUUGUAGAUCUAGUGCGAAAGAUACAGCACAUGUGGUUGAUUGGGUUUCCUACUACGGCAGAGUAACUGACAUCAUUCUGAUAGACUAUAAUGUCUUCUAUGUUCCUCUGUUUCGGUGUCAUUGGGCUGUAAAGGGUAAUGGAGUGAAGAUUGAAGAUGGGUUUACACUUGUUAACAUGAAUCAUAGUCAAGCCUCUUUCACAAGUGAUCCUUACAUUAUGGCUUCUCAGGCGAAGCAAGUCUUUUACUCAAGGGAAAAUGAGACUUCUAAUUGGUAUAUUGUAAUGAGAGGUCCUUCAAGAAGAUAUAGUAAAGAAGAUAUUCAAGAGGGAAAUGCUGAGAUUGGUCCACUGCCUACAAAUAUUGACAUGGAAGUCGACAAUGAUGAAGCCUACGAAGUCAGAACAGAUUGUGAAGGAAUAUAUGUUUGA